AUGGUGGUUAGCAUUAAAACGAUGCGCGAGUGCACAGCUGCUGCACCUCCCUGUGAAGGAACAGGGCACUGUCAUAAGGAGACUGUGUGGGACAAAGACAAAGCAUAGAGAAAAAGGAAAGCUGAACUGUGCUGGAAAAAGACCAUGGCUCAAACAUUACAGAGCCAGAGUCAUUUUAUCAAUAAGUACAUAGAUCUGCUCACGCAGGAUUCAGAGGAUCUGGACGCCUCAGCCUCUACAUCAGCAGAGCAUAGCCCCAGUUCAUGUGACGGUGCUCUGGUGUGUGUGGGACCUCGUCGUUGGCGUGCCAGAGGAGGAGAGAGGAGGCAGAUGGAGAUGUGUAUCCUGUGUCACGAAGCGCAGGAGAUCCUACCUGAUGGCACCGCCAUGGUGCUCGCUGCCUUUGUCCAACGCUCUACGGUCAUGUCCAAGAACCGCAAAAGACCCCCUCACAAUCCAGAGAGCUAUGAUCCCCUCUUCAUGCACCCUGACCUGUCCUUUGGUACCCAUACCGACAGCUGUGGCCACAUCAUGCACUCUCACGGCUGGCAGAGGUGAGGAGUUGGGCAAAAU